CCAAUUUCUCACAUCGUCAUCCAAUUUCUCUCAGCUGCAUCCGUGUGCGCGUUUUGCGUGGUUGUAUGCGGAGACGAUGAUGUUUAGGCGGGAAAGGAAGCAACAACAAUUGCGGAGGCAUGGGUUGUGGCGGCUGAGAUUGAGAGGGUUCACUUCCCGAAAGUUGUUCCGUUUGCUUGUUAUAAGCCUUGCUUUGAUUGCCAUCAUUCCUCCUAUUUUCUUCCAUUUCAGACUCAGGCGCUUUCACCAGAUGCAAUUAAGAGAGUGCAGUUGGCUGAAUAAUCCACCUCUAGUAUGUGCUCAUGGUGGAGACUCCAGCAAGUCCUUUCCCAACACAAUGGCUGCAUAUCGUAUUGCUCUCCAUUCUCGAGUAGACUGCAUUGAGAUUGAUGUUUCUCGUUCUUCAGAUGGAGUUUUGUUUGCUCUUCAUGACAGGGAUUUGCAGCGGAUAUCUGGGAACAGUACUUCUAAGGUUGGGCACUUGAGCAUGAAAGAGAUUAAAGAACUGGAUAUCAAUCAUCAGUUGCCAUUGGAGUUUGAUGAUAAAAAGAUUCCAACCAUUGAAGAUGCAUUGAUGUUGAUAUCAGGUUCUGUUCGGCAAGUAAUUCUGGAUGCUAAAGUUGGGCCUCCAUCAUAUGAAAAAGGGCUUGCAAAGGAUAUUCUUUACAUCGUUGAGAGAACACAAUGUAAGAAUUGCCUUGUAUGGGCUAAAAGUGACAGUUUAGCAAUGGAUGUAAUGAAGCUGUCUUCAGAUGUUACCGUGGGCUACAUUGUCAUGAUCGAUCCUUCUACUGGGGCUAGAACUAAUUUAUUGAGAAUGAGAGGUGCUGGUGUCGUCGGUGUCUACCACCCUUUAAUUGAUGAGAAGCUUGUGAAGAUUCUUCAUGGGAGGAAUAAGAAGGUGUAUGCCUGGACAGUUGAUGAUGCAGUCUCCCUGCAGAGAAUGUUGUUGGAGGAAGUAGAUGCUAUUGUCACAAGCAACCCCACUUUACUUCAGAGUCUCAUGCAAGACACCAGGACUAAAUGUCUUGAGGAGGGUUUUUCUUUGUUACAAUGAGAAUUGAAAAGUUUUUAAACGAUUGAACUUGUACAAAUUGGGAGAUCUGUUUUAUUUAGUUACUUAUUUUUUUUCUCAACUUUGUGAAUACAAUGAAUGCACAUAACUGUAUUUCUAACCAAAUAUUAAUGAAUUUUUGUAAUACUAGAACCUCAUCUUUCUUUCUUUA